GGAACUGAAAACUAUAGGGUUUGGUCUAGUGCUAUGAAACUAGCUUUAGAAGCCAAAAAUAAAUUUGGCUUCAUUGAUGGUAAGUGUAAAAAGAAUACAGAGGAUGAAGUUUUAAGCAGUCAGUGGGACAGAUGUAAUUCAGUUGUUUUAAGCUGGUUACUAAAUUCUGUUUCAGAGGAGUUAUAUUUAGGACAAGUGUUUUCUAAAUUAGCCUCUGAUGUUUGGGUAGACUUAAAAGAAACUUAUGACAAGGUUGAUGGCUCAAUAGUAUAUGAUUUGUAUAAAAAAAUUAAUUGCAUUACUCAAAAUGGUAGUUCAGUUUCUGAAUAUUAUCACAAACUAAAUACGAUGUGGAAGCAGUUUGAUGCUGUGCUUCAACUGCCUUCAUGUUCAUGUCAAGCAGCUAAAGAUUACAAUGAUUUUUCUACCUUAAUCAAGCUUAUGCAGUUUCUAAUGGGCUUAGAUGAUGUAUAUCAUCCUGUUAGAACAAAUUUGUUAACAAGAGAGCCAUUACCUUCAGUCAAAGUUGCUUUUUCAAUUGUUUCUAGAGAGGAAUCUCAUAGAAACUCUAGUGUAGGUACUAAAACUCAGAAUGUUUCUUUUGUUUCUAAAACUGGUCAGAACUUUGAACAAAAAAGGAAAGAGUUUAGAGGUCCAAACCCUAACUUUAAGUGUACUCAUUGUAAUAAAUUGGGUCAUACUGUUGAUAGGUGUUAUGAGUUAGUUGGUUUUCCUUCAGGUUCCAAGAAGAAACCUGGAAGUCAAAGUGGAAAAAAUGUGUCUAAUAGUAGAACAAAUAUGUCAUCUGUUCUUUCUGGUUCUCCUUUUACUUCUGAACAGGUAGCUAAGCUUUUGAGUCUUGUUAGUGAAAAAACCAGUUCUGAUGCACAGCCUUCUAACAUGGGAGGAUUCGAAAUCAGGGAGAGUCCUGGUGACUGGUAAACAGGAUAAUGGAUUGUAUUUUAUAAACAAAGGUUACCUUCCUCUGUGCUUUUGGGAAAAAGUCCAUAUGAGAUAGUGUUUGGUUUUAGACCCUCUCUUGCUCACUUUAGAGUUUUUGGCUGUUUAUGUUUUAGCACAGUUUUAAAUGAUUCAGAUAAGUUGGCUUUU